AUGAUAAUUCUAGGUAGAAUUCUUAAUUGUGCAAUUUAUUGUAUAUCUCCAAGAUCUUGGCAAUUAUCUUGGAAAAGAUUCGAAGGAAAAACUCUCAGUGAUAUUACAGACUUUAUAUUGUUGAAAUUAGAUAAAGAAAUAUAUAAAUUGAAGCCAUCAUCAUGUGUCGAAUGGUGGAAUAGCCCAUUUAACUCUUUAUUUACAUUAUAUUUUGUAUAUAAAAUGUUUCAACUUAGUGUCUUAUCAACAAGACAAAGGAGAGCUGCAGAAAUUGUUGCUGAUGCAUAUGGACAAGGAGGACAGUGGCUUAACCCAAUUCCAAAAUAA